UUGGUUUUCAAGUAUGUUCUUUGCAUUUUUAGGCUCCCACAAACAGUACGAGCCGUUUGUGAUUGCCGCGAUUCUGCCAGUGACCAUCUACAAUUUCGAAAAGACGACCUUAUUGUAGUUAUCGAUCGAACGCCCUCAAGCUAUCCAGACGGGUACUAUUGGUUUGGCUCAUUAAGAAACGGGCGAACAGGGUUGUUUCGACCCACCGAUACAGUUGCUCAUUUAGGUGCAGAAAAUCCGUCAAGCAUAGAAGUGAUUUCUAGUGGAUGUGUAACGACAAAGAACCAUAUAGACAGAAAAGAGAAAGAAGAGAAGAAACCAACAAAAAAGGACCGAGAACGUGAACGAGAAAAGCGAAAAGCUUUGAUAUCAGAACCAGUUGGAGAAGUACGGCAUACCUGUCACGUCGGCAUCGACGGAACUGCCUUUGGUCUGCUUCAGCUCGAUAAGAAAGAUUUGGCGCCAAAUUCGGUUUCGCCA